AUAAAGGGUUCUUUGGCUGCAACAGAUGGUCGUCUCAUGCCAAAUGAUCAAAUCCUUGAAGUAAAUGGCAAGAACACGAGUGGUCUUAGCAGUGAAGUAGUUGGUGCUUUAUUAAAGGCUGCUCCUUGUAAAGUUACGCUCAAAGUGGGUAGACUAAAGAAUCAAAUAGCCAUACCCAAUUCCGCAACAUUUCUUUUCAAUGAUCCAUGUCAGUCGAAGAGAUGAACCGUGAUGCCAGGUGACAGUCCAGAUCAAUGAUUUCAAGAGGUUUGAAUCCAACUAGCACUGAUGAACACAACAAGAAUUUGUUAUAAUCAGCAUAACAAUAACAAAUUAUCACGUUCUGCCAAGUUUUAUAUAUUUUCUAAAUACCAUGCAAAAAUAAAAACUCUACACAAGUACAACAUUCCAUUAUUCAGAAUAUUAGUAAUCAGAAAUCGAGGCAGCUGAAUCCUUCCUCGUCCCUUUAUUUCAAUUAUUUCUGUUCUCUAGAAUAUUGGACUCCGUAUUUGAAUAGUUUUCCUUUGAAAAAUGAAACAGCUUCACUAUAGUGGACAAACUCUUCAGAUUGCAAUAAAAAUAGCUCACUCCCUCUAAGUUAUGUGGUUUCAAAUAUUGAUCCAUCGAAAACAAAAAUUCUUUUGUUGACAAACUGAGGACUGAACGCAACUUUAUGAAGCCACAGAUUCGAGCAGGUAUGUAAGGUGAGAAGUCCACUUCCCCUUCUGUUGUACACACUAUAUAUUUCUCAUUGUUGAACAAAUCUUUACCUUUCUUUUUAUCAAACUCAACUUUGAACGUGUACUACAGUUCCAUGAGGUUGAGGAGAAAGAUAGAUCAUUUUUUUCAAUAAGAAUAGUAUACAUGCAAUGAAUAUUCCGCAUAACUCAUUACGCUAGUGUUCUACCUACCUUCAACUACGGAUGAAUUAUUCUUUAUUCCAUUUGUUUCGGUUUCUUUUCAAUUUCCUCUACCGUUCUCCUUCAUUCCAAAAUAGCGACUUAACGAACACUUUUCCAUUUUACAGAUCAGUCAACCGCUAUCGUUCUAAUUAAAACUGCAUCAGAGUGCAGUUCUCAACAUUUGCUUUAUGAAAUUCAGUCGAGAAAAUGAUACAAAUCACUUUUUUGUAACUUUCACUUGCACACACAAAAGUCUAUUGCAAAAUGCUUUUAAUUUUUUCCGAUUUUGUAGAAGGAAACAAGUAAUAAAUGUCUUUCCAAUGAGUAACUGAUAGAACAAAGGAAAUAUGAUCAGGGAAAUGCUAGAGCAAAACUUUACUCUUAUUUUUGUGUGCUUGUAAAAUCUCCUUAUUCAUUUUCGUUCCUCACUUCUUUUUUGAAAUGGUAGUCAUCAAGUUGGUUAUUGACUUUCGAUUGACUAUCAAUUCAUCCAGUCAUCAAUUUUCCGAAAGUACGUGCAAAAGUAUAUUCCUCUCAAGUGUAUUACACUCACCACUUGAAUACAGAUGCACUAGUUUACAAAAAUAUAAUGUAGUAAUGACAGUGUUUUGGUAACAUAGUAGUGACAAAAAUGUAUAAUGAUCUAUUUUACUUUAUACAUGUAGUUUUAAAAGUAUUUAGUUUUUGCUUCCUAAGUGAGCUGUUGACAGCAUGAUUUGAUUGCAGAUGAUCCGUUGCUGACCAUUAACAAUAAGUCCACCAUACCUUAUUAGCCUUUCUAAAACAAAUAAUGUGCAGUUGCCUUCAACAUAGGUAGAAUUUAAUUCUAUAUUAGAUUUGUUUAUCUGCUCCAUAACACAGUGAUAUAGUAUUAUUUACUUGAUGACAUUUCGAG